GUCUCGCCUCCCUCCUUCAUUAUGAACAGGGAGGAAAACAUGGCGGACAGGAUCUGUGGAGGCUGCAUCGGUUGAGCUGCUGGCAGUUUAAAAACAACAGAAGGGCUCAAAGUCAGGGUGGGAGACGGCCAGCUCGUGGGGAGGACACUGCUGCACGAGCAGGGAGAGGUUAAUCUGUGAACAGACUCCAAAUCAUCAUUUAUUAUCCCCUCCAUCCGGACACAGCGCGCGAGGAGCCACGAAAACAAGUCAUGAACGGGGACAUCUUUUGCAAUACUUGUCCAAUCACUCUCCUCAACAGCAACAAACCUCCAGUCCACGAUGAGAACACGAGCAAGCUGACGCAGGACGGACGGUGCUUCCAGCAAGUGGACUCUCAGAGGCCGGGAGAAGGUUGGAGAACAAACACCACCAACUUCUCACCGAAAGACUCCCAGACUGAUUUAUCAGAGAUGGGCAGCCAGUGUUCCCCCCACCGGUUGGACAGCAGACAGACGCAUCUGCAGCCUCACCACCUCCUCUCAUCCACAGACCUCUCCCUGCCUCACAACAACAGUUUCCCCCCGCCUCCCCGCCAAACUAACAACAGCCGCCUCCUGCACAGCCACAAGAGGAGCAGAGUCCGCGACAAGGUCAAAGAAAACAGAGCCACGAAGAAGAACACCCGAGGGAAGAACUCCCAAAACCGCAAAGUUACAGACUUCUUCCCGAUACGACGGAGCUCACGGAAAAGUAAAACAGAGCUGAAGUGUGAAGAAAAGAAGCUCAUAGACGAACUCAUCACAAAGGGAAUCGAGGAAGGAAUGAAGGUGCAGCAUAUAGAAGGAAAGGGCCGAGGAGUGUUCGCGACGCGAUCAUUCCAGAAAGGCGAGUACGUGGUGGAGUAUUACGGAGACCUGCUGCAGAUCGACGACGCCAAGAAGAAGGAGGCGGAGUACGCUCAGAACCCGGCGACCGGCUGCUACAUGUACUACUUCCAGUAUCUCUGCAAAACUUACUGUGUGGACGCCACUAAAGAGUCCGAUCGAUUGGGCCGGCUGAUCAACCACAGUAAAAACGGAAACUGCCAAACCAAACUCCACGACAUCAACGGCGUCCCUCACCUCAUCCUCGUCGCCUCACGAGACAUCGACGAGUGGGAGGAGCUUCUGUACGACUACGGGGACCGCAGCAAAGCCUCCAUCGCCGCCCACCCGUGGCUCAAAUAUUGAUCGAGGGGGGCGGUUAGAAAUAAAAAAAAAAAACAGGAAAAAGGGAAACGUACGGUAACACUCAUGUUUCUCUUUAGCUCGUGUACAAAAUGCCUUAGAAACAGAAUGUGUUCCCUUUUUGUUCUCGUGUGGAGGAAACAGGACGCAGGGGGGGCGGGGGGCGGGGUUAUGACUUCAGGAGGAGGAGGAGGGGGGUACUUCUCACAUUCUGAGGUCACGUGACUUCAGUACUUUUUAUUUAUGUGUUUAUGAGACCUUCUGGUUGUUUUGCAGCACAUUUAUUUUGUACAUUUUGUAUUAGAGCAAAGCUUCUACAGCAUGCGGGUGGUAGUGAACGCUCUGCAUUUUUUAUACGGCUUUUUCUUAAUUAGUAGUUAGCAAUACUUCAAUUUAAGACCCCCAGAGUUCUGGUUUUGGAUCAGGAAGAAGUAUGACAUGCAAAUUACAGAAACCUUUAAAAGAAAUGGAGACUCUGUUUAAAGUGGGAUUUGAUUUCAGACACAGAUGCUCACACUACUUUUCAAUGGAAGUGUAAAGAUUCACCAAACUCAGGGUUUAAUCUGCGUUUUUCUGGACGUGAUUACAACAAAACAAAGAGACUGUGGAGUUAAAACAACACAGUGAUGAAUUAACCGCCUGAACAGGUAUCAUAGGAACACAGGAAUCAUGCUUUAUCUUCUUCUUCAUGCUUCUUUUCAAGUUUUUAACCAGUUUUGGUUUUACAUUUAAAUUAUUAUGCAUUAAUCACCUUCAUUAUAUUCUGUUGUGCAGAUAUAGAGCUGUAACUUUUCCUCUAGAUGAUUUCAGAUUUUUUUAUUGCAGGAAAAGAAGCUCAAAUUUCUCUUCUAGCUUUCUACAUGUCAAGUUAUUCUGAUUUCCAGACGUUUAGGUACCUUAUCUUUGUCCUUAGGAAUCACCAAUUUAACAAUUUUCCUCAUUUUAUGACCAAAUAAAUUAAUUUAUCAACCAAAAAAGAAAAACAAAGUUUGUUGCAGCUUUAAAUUAAUGCAUUUAUUGAGUUUGUAGGAUGUUAGAGAUGAACUAAGCCGUCAUAUCGCCUUUAUAUUUCACCUAAACACCGUUCUUGUCUUCUUCACACUACCUUACAAAUAUUAACUACACAGCUCUCUUACCUAUCACCCCGCUGUCUUAAAUACUUGAUUCUGAUUGGUCAAAACCAGCCGGGCACAUUUCGAAAGUUUAUAACUUCACUUUUUCCUGUUCACUAUGUGGAAAAAUUGGUUAAACAUGGAGGAUUUUUGGGGGUUAAGAAUUCGGUCUUCAACACGGGUGCUUCACGUCUUUGUGUCGUCUCAUCAUGUCAGGCAUGUCAGGAUUGUAUUUCACAUAACGACUCACUCACUUACGUGUUAGCUUGUUGUGAAUUCACGGGUGGUUUAAAGGAAAAUAAGUCAAAUGCUAUUCCACUAAAUGACAGAAAGUUAAACUAAUUUCAUUCCCAUAUUUCUGCAUUGAAUUAGAGCUUGUAACCCCAAAAAUAUCAUCAAAGUGGCCUGUAUUUUAACAUCAAUUAUCCAGUUAGUGAAGCGGUUGGUUAGCUGUAGCUUCAUGUGCUGUAACACAGAUUUUAAGAGAUAUUGGUUAUCUUAAAGCUCCUGUGAGAACUUUUUAGACGGUUACAAAACAAACUGAAAUGAAUGCUAAUGCCUCUUUACGACCAACAAAAGCAAACAAGACCAUCAGCGUCAAGUCUGAUUGUUUAUUUAUGGUCAUUUUUAAUGUCUGUACUCACUGCAGCAGGGUAGGCGUCAGAUACAAAAUUACGGAAUCAUCCUUUAUUUACAUUUUCUACUGCAAAAGCGACACACGGAUUAAUAUACUUCACUGUUAAAACAAAGCAGGAUAAGAUAAAUAGAGAAAGCCUGUUGUAAAGAGAUAGUCACACCCUUUGUCCACAGGGGGGCGCCAAAAACCACACGAACAGAAAAUUACUUACUGGAGCUUUAAUGGUUACAUGUUAGAUUGGCAUCAUGUUUAAAUAUCAAACACAAUCAGAGCCUGGAGCCUGACUUAUUCAUGUUUGUAAAUUAUGAACUCGUCAUUAUGAAUUGAAAUGUUGCGUGCUAGCUGUAGCUUCAUAUAUGAUAUCUUAAUUUCUAAUUCACUGCAAGAAAAUUAAUCUUCUUUACUGUCUAAAAUGUCAAACUCUUCCUUUGAGUAUCUGUUCUGCACAUGUCAUGUAUAUUUUGUGUUUAUGUUUUUAUAUAUUUUGGUCUGGGUGUGUCGAUCCGUGUCGGUGCGUCACGUCCAACAGAAAGAGGGUUUGGUGAAUUUUUACACUCCUGCAGUUUGUUUUGGAUUUCUGCGGGUAAUUUUUUACACAGUUCUUCUUUCAGCUCACAAAAAAUGUUCUGUGUGAAAGUAUUUAACAGCUGAACAGCCAACAGGUCAUUUUUUACUUUAUUUAUUUAACAUUUUAUCUUCUUAUCUUUCUCUAAUGUGUUUUCCAUGAACUAGAGUUCUUCUUAUUUAUCUCUGGGUUUGAUUUGUUCUGAGUUCUAAAAUCACUGAGAGACUAACUUUAAUUAUUUAAAGCCGACUGGUAAUAAGGGUAUUUUAUAUUUAAGUCAUAAAUCACAUUGGACUCCAUAUAACUGAUUUAUAAUACUGAAUAUUCUCAUUUACUGUAAUUUAAACUGAUCAGUCACUUAUUCGGUUAAAUCAUUUCAAUCAGAUUAACAGACAGGAAUUCAAAGACUUGUAAUUUGUUAUAGUUUCUACUGUCAGUGUGUUGGUUUAUUCUUUAAUACUGUCUGACCCUCUCUUUAAUAUUUAGUUUCUUUUUUAGGAAAGUUAAAUUCUGCCAAAAAACGGUCUGCUCACUGACUGUAGUUUUUAUCAAAGUAGCAAACAAACAUUGAACCAGCGUAAAGCAUCAUCACUUUAUCUUACACCUUUUUAUUAAGUUGUUCAGCACUUUGUUUUCCUUUCAGUGCUGUUUGUAUUAUAGUUAGUAUUAUAUAAAUUAUAAUCUUUUAAUAUGAGUUUGGUUUCAUAACUUUGGGGAGUUCUCAGCUCUGAACUAAAGAAACGCUUCGACAUCUUAGGACUUUCACUUCAACACAAGAGGAUUUGAGCCUAAACUUUGAAGAUGGAAUUCAGAUUAUUUUUGCAGAAUUCUGACUUCUCUCUGGAAUUCAGAGAUUAAAUUUGGAAUGUUGACUUUGAUCAUAGAAUUCUGACUUUAAUCUCAGAAUUCUGUCUUUGAUCUCAGAAUUCUGACUUUGAUCUUAGAAUUCUGACUUUGAUCUCAGAAUUCUGACUUUGGUAUUAGAAUUCUGACUUUGAUCUUAGAAUUCUGUCUUUGAUCUCAGAAUUCUGUCUUUGAUCUCAGAAUUCUGACUUUGAUCUUAGAAUUCUGUCUUUGAUCUCAGAAUUCUGUCUUUGAUCUUAGAAUUCAGUCUUUGAUCUCAGAAUUCUGUCUUUGAUAUUAGAAUUCUGACUUUGAUCUCAGAAUUGUGUCUUUGAUCUCAGAAUUGUGUCUUUGAUCUCAGAAUUCUGACUUUGAUCUCAGAAUUCUGACUUUGAUAUUAGAAUUCUGACUUUGAUCUCAGAAUUGUGUCUUUGAUCUCAGAAUUCUGUCUUUGAUCUUAAAAUUCUGACUUUGAUCUUAGAAUUCUGUCUUUGAUCUCAGAAUUCUGACUUUGAUCUUAGAAUUCUGUCUUUGAUCUCAGAAUUCUGUCUUUGAUCUUAGAAUUCAGUCUUUGAUCUCAGAAUUCUGUCUUUGAUCUCAGAAUUCUGUCUUUGAUCUUAGAAUUCUGUCUUUGAUCUCAGAAUUCUGUCUUUGAUCUUAGAAUUCUGUCUUUGAUCUCAGAAUUCUGUCUUUGAUCUCAGAAUUCUGUCUUUGAUCUCAGAAUUCUGUCUUUGAUUCUGAUAUUCUUCUCGGAAUUCUGACUCUCUUUGAAAUUAUGAGAUAAAAAAACCUGACUUUGAUCUCAGAAAUCUGGGGUAAAAGUCUGAAUUACAACUGAAACCUCAAAUUCUGAGGUAGAAAGUCAAAAUAAAAAACAGGUCAGACACUAAGAAAAAAUUGGUGGUAAUAAUACUUUUAGAUAACAGCCACUGAAGAAAAAAACUUAAGGAUGGUAUUCUACAAUUUUUUGAAGAAUUGGAACUUCAGGAAUUCAGAGAUAAAAUUCCACAUUACUCUUAGAAUUUGUAGAAAAAGUCAGAAUAUUGAAAAAUCUGGUCAGGCCUAAAAAAAAAAAUGACAGUGACAAUAAAUCUUAGAGAUUUUAGUCACUGUAAAGAAAAACAACAUUAGGAUGCAAUUGGGAUUUUCUUGGAAUUCUGAGACCAAAGCCAGGAUUCUGAGAAAACGUCUUUAGUGGCCCUAAUCCUCGUCAGUAGACUUCUGGCUUACCAAGAGUUACAUGAGAGGAUUGAUACCUCUGCUUUAUCUGUCAUUGAAUCUGAAGCUGCAGCCAGGGGGUUAAUAGCUUAGCUUAGCAUUAAUACUGGAAAUAGAGGGAAACAGUUAGCCUGGCCUUGUACAAAACGAAAACCAAAGAAAUCAGCAAAACAAAACUCUUCUAACUCUUAGUUGUUAAGUCUUUACAAAAACAGGGAUGAUAAAAACAAAUCACAGUUCCAUUACUUGGUCUUGGUGAUCGUUUUCUGGUGAAUGCAUUCAUCUCAGAAAUAACCCAGCAUGUUUUCCCUGCAUCAAAAUAAUCCUUAUAAAGCCUUCUGUCUACAGGCUAAGAUAAAACAUGUGCAUUAGUGGGCUGUAGAGAUAUUUAUAAGCUGAUUUUGUACCUUGUGACAGAGCUAGGCCAGCAGUUUCCCUCUGGCUGCAGCUUCAGCUCACAGAUGUGAGUGGUAUCGAUCUUCUCGUCAAACUCUGAGCAACAAAAUGGAUAAAAGUUCUCCCUAAAAUGUCAGACUGUUCCUUUAAACACUCUGCAUUUUGUUUUUCAUAUUUGUCACAGGUUUAUUUCCAUACCAGUGUGUUCAGGCAUCAUGAAAGGCCGUCCAGCCUCAGUCUUAAUGAAACAUUCAGAGAGUGAAAUCAAGGAUUCUUAAGAUUCCCUGUCUUUGAUUCAGUAAACCUUCAAACGAUGAUUAUCAGUGUUAUUAUUAAGAGACGUGUAAAGGGGAAACAUUCAGGAAAUCCAGUGUGUACAUGAAGGCAUCACAUUUCUUCUGCCACCUCUUACUGUAGCAUUUUUCACACGUCUGAGAUGUAAAGGGUCAUUUCAGUUUUUUAUGUCGAACAAAUGCAAUAAUAAUACCUGAGGGGCAAACUGACCUGUUGGCCAUUUUAGGACAAAAUAGAUCUUUGCUGUUGUAGCGUUGAAGAAAUCUUAAUGCUGGGGUUUAGUCAUCGAUGAAUAAAGAUGUAAUAUGCAAGAAAAAACA